CCCUGUAGUAGACAACAACCGACAGUUCGUUGACACAGUUUCGUCAAGCGUGUACACGGACUUUACAAGAUGGACAACAUUUUCAACUUUCCCGAGUUCGAACGAGCCGUGGUGCGAGAGAUUCCGAACACCAUCAACAAUGGUCUUCGGGACGAGAGCUCAACACAGAAAAUCAACGUGGAGAAAUGUCGAAAAGAGUGGGAGAACUACGUACAGGUGCUGAAGGACUUGGGUCUGGAGGUAACAGUCAUCCCGGCAGACGACUCGUGCCCCGACUGUCCGUUUGUGGAGGACUGUUGUGUGGUGAUCGGAGACACCGCCCUCAUCACGAGGCCUAAGUACGAGUCUAGGAGACGGGAGACGCCGGUGAUCGCAGAAACGAUGCGGAACCUGGGCCUGAAGGUGCACGUGGUGGAGAGUGACACGGCUACUCUGGAGGGCGGUGACGUCAUGUUCACAGGAAAGGAGAUUUUCUGCGGUGACUCUAUGCGGUCCAACACUGAAGGGUUCCAGGUCCUACAGGAGACGUUCCCAGACUUCCCGUGUCACCAGAUCAAGAUCAGGCCGCCGGAGCCCCACCUGCUGGGCACCUGCGGGUACGCCGCGCCCGGAGUCAUCGCCGUGUUUGAUGGAGAUGACGGCAUGUUUACCUGGGAUUACAUAAGUGAGGUGGCCCAUCAGAAGUACAAGCCGUUAUGGCUGCCAGACCACUUUGCCAACAACUGUAUGUACAUCAACGGCACCAUCUUACACUGCACCAAAGAGACGAAGCCGGAGAGCUACGAGAUUUUUCAGGAGGAAAUGGCGGACUACGACCUGAUUGCUGUGUCCACAAAGGAGGUCGGAAAGGCUGACGCAGCGCUGACGUGUCAGUCUCUCCUCUUCUGAGGCAGCCGUACUGGUGUACGCAUGCGUAACGACAGGAAUUUUGGGUAAUAUGUCAAAGGUGAAGGCCCCUAACUUGUAAGCAGUACUUGUCUCGACCAUUGUCUCGAUUUGUAAAACAAAGUCCAGACGUGGUUUGUUUAUGUCUCAGGGGUCUUCACCUUUGACAUGUUACCCACAAUUCAUGUUGCUGCACAUGCGUACUAGGAACCAUGAAAGGAACUUAUGACUCACUCACUCAAUCAUGAGUUGAUGAACUGUUCUGAGCAAGAAGUGUAGGAACUAUUGCAGUAAGGAAUAAUGAAUGAAGACCUUUAUUGUACAUUCAUACCCACUGGGUUUAGUACAGGUCACAACAAAUGAUACAUAAUACAGAAGACAAUAUACGUAAAUCAGGAAUAGUUUUCUACAUCUAAUAGGUCUAAAUGUAAGACUUAGAUUAUUCCAGGUUUAGUGGUACAUUGUGCAGCAGGACUUCUCCACUUAGGUUGAUUUUAAUAUUCUU